AUGGGGCAGCGACGACUCCCAGCCGGCCCAGCAGAGUUGCCACCGCCACUGUCGCUACCUGGCAGCAUCAGGCGCCUGCAGCGGCCAGCGCACCCCCACACACAGCGGACUGCCUUGCGCCAAGAGCUCGCAGAUGCUGCGGUGGGGGGCGUCGAAUCCCUGGAGGCGGCGGUGGACGCGCGGCUGGAGCUGAUGGACUCGCAGCUCAUCGCGUUUGCCGCGCAGCAGCUCGCGGACUGCGUGAGGCGGCGGCCGCAGGCCGGCGGCGCUGGCAAGCGCUGGCGGCCCGCGCAGGAGCAAGACGAAGAGGAUGACCGCCAGCAGCAGCAGCAGCGGCGGCAGGCUGGCGGCGGAUGCGAAAGCAGCGCCGGCACAGGGGCGCAGGCGCUCGCGGGGCGCCUCUCCGAGGCGGCGCUUGCGAAGGCCGGCGCCGCGGCAGCAGGCGACCUGUCGUCGCUGCUGCGCGCGCUCGCGCAGGCGCAGCUCGCGCCGCGCCCGGCGGUGCUGCAGGGGCUGGGGAGCUACCUGGUGCACGUGGCACUGCGGCUGCGCCUGGAGCAGCCCGCGGGGGACGUCGCUGCGUUCCAGGCGCCGCGGCAGCAGCAGCAGCAGCAGCAGCAGCAGCAGCAGCAGCAGCAGCAGCAGCAGCAGCCUUCUCAACAGCGGCGGCCUGAAGUGGACCAGCAGCAUCAGCAUGCGAUCCGGCAUGCGCAGUGGGGUCAGCAGCAGCAGCAGCAGCAGCAGCAGCAGCAGCAGCAGCAGCAGCAGCAGCAGGAGCAGCAGCAGGAGCAGCAGCAGGAGCAGCAAGGAUGGGGCGCCCACACUCACCAGCAGCCCCUCCGGGCCUCACAGCCGGCCCCGGCCCCGCACCAGCUCAACCCCACCCCUACGGCGGCCGCGGCGGCCGCGCGGACCGUGGCGCAGUCGGCCUGGGCGCUCGCGAAGCUCGGCCUGGCCGACCCGGCCGCGUGGCGCGAGCUGGCCAGCUUGAUUGGCGAACGCGCGCCAGACAUGAGCAGCCUGGACUGCAUGCACUCGGCCUGGGCCCUAGCAAAGGCAGGCGCCGCGGACGAUCAGGCGUUUUCGGCGCUGGCGCACCGCGCGUAUGUGCACGCGCACGCGCUCGACCCCCAGGCGGUCGCGACGCUGCUGUGGGCGUUCGCCACUGCCGGCUACUACGACCCGCGCCUCACAGCCGCGCUGGCGGCGCGCGCGGCCGGCACGGCCGAGCGGUUCUCUCCGCAGUCUGUCUCCAUGGCGCUGUGGGGCGUCGCGCGGCUGCGCCACUACGACGCGCGCCUGCUGAGCGCGCUGCGCGUGCGCGCGCUCGGCAGCAUCGGCGGCCUUGCGCCGCAGGCGCUCGCCAACAUCGCGUGGGCGCUCGCCACGUUUGGUGUGCGCGACGAAGCGCUUAUGGCGGCGCUGUCCGCGCAGGCCGAGGCGAAGGCAUGCCGCUUCUCAUUUCAGGGGCUGGCGAACCUCGCGUGGGCCGCGGCAAAGGUGGGGUGGCACGAGGACGCGCGCGGCGCCGCGCUGCUGCGCGCG